UUACGUAAUUGUCUAGAAUGUUCCUGUCUGGUAUAAAUAAUGCGCCAUUACAGCCGACUACAGGCAUAACUUGCUAAAGAAGCGCUGGUGCUAGGACCUAAGUUAUAUUCGUCUUGAUUUCUUUAAGGGAGUGGACUCACAUUUUAAAAAUAUCAUUUUAUUUACUCAACACCGAAGACAUGGGCAACGACAAUUUAUCCAUAAUAAGUUUCAACAGCUCUAGGAGGGGACUGAUGACGUUGUCGGAUGGGCAGCGUCCAUCGUAUUUGCAGAGAUUGUUUCAGAGUACAGAGCCGGACAUAUGUUUUCUGCCUGGCGAUGAUAAAUAUGCGAAACUGAAUGCCAUUCGUGGGUAUGGACAAUAUACCAUUCCCAAUGCCGAGGAUACUGUUCUGCUGUACGACAGCAACAGAGUUAAAAUGAUGGAGCCCAAGGCCAGCUUGAAUUCCUUUGGACAAUUACCAGGCUUAGACUUAAAUCAAAUGGUUGUUCCGCAAGUUGAGGUAUCUACGUUACAACCCUACCAGCAAGUUGUGAAGGAGUUUUCGAUGGUAUCAUGGAAGUACGAUUUCUUCCAGACUGCUACCAUCGAAGUUAAGACUCUUGUUGAGAGCAUAAUAACCUUUUCUCAGAGACUGGCAAUCACUACAGGCAAACCCGUUUUAAUCGGUGGUGAAAUGAAUAUUGAUUUUAGUAUAUUGAAUCAAAUAGUAAAAAAACUAUCCAAUGACAAUCAAGAAGAUUUUCUUUCUACCAUGCAACCAGUGAUGUGUGAACAAGGUUUUCUCCCAUCCAUGACAAAAUCAUCCCUCCGAGACAUAAGGCAUCUGUUCAUGAUGAAAGUGUUUAGGUGUAAGUCGAACAGUUCAAAUGGAGUAGUGAAGACAUGGGACGACAGGAAAAGCACCGAAGUUGUCGCGGACUGCUUUAUAGCGUCCAAACAUCUACAGCUGGCAGAGGCAUCGCUAUUAGAUGUUGAGAAGGUUACAGGACGCCAAAUUUGUAUGCCCCUUUUACAGACACAUAAGCCAACACAAACGUCGAUGGAGAUACCCGUUAGGCCUCCGAGGCAUCAUGGUGGUUAAGAAGACUACCGCUCUUUUUGGUCCCAAUCCUACGUGACUGUCUUAAAGCCGUACUGCUUCUACAGCACAAACAUCUCGUGAAGGAAGCUGAACAGUUUAGCGUUUAUGUACUUUGGUUUUACAGAUCGUUAUUUGAAAAUUGAAUCAUAUAUCUGGUAGAAGCUUAAAUCCUGAAAAAAGUGCUGACAUUAAAUAUAAGUCGAAAGCCAAAAGGUUGAAGAAAGAAAAAUUGACUAAAGUACAUUAACUGAUUUAUGACAAGAUGUAAAUUAUGUUGAACGUUAACAGUGUAUUGAUUGAAAAGUAUGCUCAAAAUGGCAUACGUACAUACAUGAUAAAGUGCAUAUGGCUUUAUAUGAACUCCUUAAACUAAUGAUUGCAAACAUGAUCUUUAUUAAUGCUGUUUGUAUAUAAUAACCUAGUUUUUGUGUUUUCCUUCAUGUUUUUUCAAAAUUAAGCUGUUGAAAAAUCUUAUCCUGCUCUGUAAACUAUAUGAUUUGGUGACUGUUUUUAAUCAUGACUCAAAAGGCAACUAAUUGUUUUAGAAUAAUACAUUGAAUAAAAAUAUUUUAAUAAAAAAGA